AUGGAAAACAAUCAUGUUAGUCAUCGAGAACAACUCUGCUCCGUUCACCAAGUAUCUUACAGAGGCGUUCGCCGGAGGAAAUGGGGCAAAUGGGUGUCAGAGAUCAGAGAGCCCGGUAAGAAAACCCGGAUUUGGCUCGGGAGCUACGAAACAGCAGAGAUGGCUGCUGCGGCCUACGAUACUGCGGCUCUUCACCUCCGAGGAUGUGGGACACAUCUCAACUUCCCGGAACACGCUGGCAGUUUUCCUAGGCCGGAAAGCUCUAGUUCCGAGCACGUUCAAGCGGCUGCUCGAGAGGCAGCACUAAUGUUUAAAUCGGAUGUGUCGUCUACAGAAUAUGAUAACGGGUCAGGUCAGGUACUUCCGCGGGUAGGAUUGUCUCCGGAUCAGAUUCAGGCUAUCUAUGAGUUUCCACUGGACUCACCGAGUAUGGGGUGGAUGCAAGAUCUCGAAGUGAAUCAUUUCGAAGAGUUGUACGGUCGGUAUUUUGGUCAGUGCGAUAGAGAUGAUUAUUUUGAAACGCAGCAGCUUCAGUCCAUAUGCGACUUUAACUGACAUUAAUCUACCUAAACAUUCGAUUUAUGUAUGGUGUUACCAACCAUUUG